AUGCAAACCACGAACCUCGAGGGUUCCCGCGCGUUCGGCAGGCGACCUCUGCUGUGCCUGCUGCUUCUGCUGUUCCUGCUGCUGCCGAAGCCUCUAACCCUCUCCCAGACGACGCCAGGCGCCUCCAGCGCCCCAACAAAGCUGGGCACCCUCACCACCCCAGGCGCCCCCAGCACCCAGGACCUGAGAGAGCGUGCGCGGGCCCUGAUGCGGGACUUCCCGCUUGUGGACGGCCAUAACGACCUGCCCCUGAUCCUGAGGCAGUUUUCCCAAAACCGGCUACAGGACGUUAACCUGCACAAUUUCAGCCAUGGCCAGACCAGCCUGGACAGGCUUAGAGAUGGCCUCGUGGGCGCCCAGUUCUGGUCGGCCUAUGUCCCAUGCCAGACUCAGGACAGGGAUGCUGUACGCCUCACCCUGGAGCAGGUUGACCUCAUUCGCCGUAUGUGUACCUCCUAUCCUGAGCUGGAGCUGGUGACCUCAGUUAAAGCUCUGAACAAUACCCAGAAACUGGCCUGCCUCAUUGGUGUGGAAGGUGGCCACUCGCUGGACAACAGCCUCUCCGUCUUGCGUACCUUCUAUGUGCUGGGAGUGCGCUACCUAACACUCACUCACACCUGCAACACACCCUGGGCAGAGAGCUCAGCUAAGGGUAUUCACCCUUUCUACAAUAAUGUCAGUGGACUGACCAGCUUUGGAGAGAAGGUGGUUGAAGAAAUGAACCACCUGGGCAUGAUGGUAGACUUGUCCCAUGCCUCGGACGCUGUGGCACAGCGGGUCCUGGAAGUGUCACAGGCACCAGUGAUCUUCUCCCACUCGGCAGCCCGGGGUGUGUGCAACAAUGCUCGAAAUGUUCCUGAUGACAUCCUACAGCUUCUGAAAAAGAAUGGUGGCAUCGUGAUGGUAUCUUUGUCUAUGGGAGUGCUGCAGUGCAACCAGUUAGCCAAUGUGUCCACUGUGGCAGAUCACUUCGACCACAUCAAGGCAGUCAUCGGUUCCAGGUUCAUCGGGAUUGGUGGAGAUUAUGAUGGGGCUGGCCAGUUCCCUCAGGGGCUGGAGGAUGUGUCCACAUACCCAGUACUGAUAGAAGAGUUGCUGAGUCGUGGCUGGAGUGAGGAAGAGCUUCAGGGCGUCCUUCGUGGAAACCUGCUCCGGGUCUUUGGACAAGUGGAACAGGUACGGGAGGAAAACAAGUGGCAGAGCCCCUUGGAGGACACAUUUCCAGAUGAGCAGCUGGACAGUUCUUGCCACUCCGUCAUCCCACGUCAGCAUCAGAGACAAUCACUGGUUUCAGACCAGAAAUUAACCAAGAUUCCAACACAUCAGACACCCAAGUUAUCCAAGUGGUCAUUCUCAAAGUCUUCCCCUGUUGUGGCCCCAGGCCUUAUAGUUGUUGUCACCUUCCCAGUCCUUAUCGUAUGGCUCUGGUGACCUAUUCAGUCCUGCCAGUUUCACUAUGGCAACUGCAGACACCCCACAACAUUCUCCUGUUGUGCAGGCACAAACAUUUUUUGAAAAUAAAGGUUUUGGAC